GAGAAAGUGUGCAGCAUUGUGCUCUAAGUCGGUUUCAAUAUGAUCGUGGCGUUGGUAGCACAGCUUCUCUCUGUGCUCCUCCUCACCGAGUUGAUGGUGACGAGCGUCGGUGCGAUCUUCUUCUCGUCCUUGUUCUCGGCGCCGAAAGUGAACACAAACUUUCCAUCGCCGGCGAAAUUGAAGGAUGAGAACGUCAAUUUCGAAGACAACGGGAAUCGUUAUCGACAGCAAAACAAACGGAAGCCUCAUAUCGUUGUGAUCCUUGCCGAUGAUAUGGGAUGGAAUGAUGUGAGCUUUCACGGAUCGGAUCAAAUCCCCACACCGAACAUCGACGCCCUUGCGUAUAACGGUGUCAUUUUAAAUAGUCACUACGUUCCCGCGUUGUGCACGCCAAGCAGAUCCGCUUUAAUGACCGGAAAAAAUCCAAUUCAUCUGGGCAUGCAACACUCUGUUCUUUUCCCAGCCGAACCGCGAGGGCUUCCUCUAAGCGAAAAACUGCUACCUGAGUAUUUAAAAGAACUGGGCUACAAAACACACGGUGUGGGGAAAUGGCACCUGGGAUACUUCAGGAAGGAAUACACUCCGACCUAUCGUGGAUUUGACUCGCAUUUUGGUUACUGGAAUGGCCUUCAAGAUUAUUACACGCAUAUCACACAAGAACCAGAUCCGCAAUUCAGCGAUUUCGAAGGCUUCGACAUGAGAAGAAACCUCACAGUUGCAUGGGAUACUGUGGGAAAAUACUCGACGGAUCUUUUCACGAACGAAGCGGUACGACUAAUUAACGAGCACGACACUAAUCACCCGAUAUUUCUAUAUUUGGCUCACCUUGCGCCUCACAAAGGAAAUCACAAUCAGCUUCUGCGUGCACCAUACGAAGAAAUCGCCAAAUUCUCGUACAUUCUUGACCCGGAAAGAAGAAUUCAAGCAGCCGUCUUAUCAAAACUGGACCAGAGCGUCGGCGAAGUGAUGGAGGCCCUGAGGAAUCGCGGCAUGAUGGAGAACAGUAUAGUGGUGUUCAUGAGCGAUAAUGGCGCGCCGACCGAGGGCUUUCUGAGUAAUCAGGGCAGCAAUUAUCCCCUUCGAGGCAUAAAGGACAGUCCAUGGGAGGGAGGUACAAGAGGUGUGGCGACUAUUUGGAGUCCCUUAAUCAAGAAAUCGAAGAGAGUGUCGAAUCAGAUGAUGUUCGUUUCCGAUUGGCUACCUACACUCCUAUCUGCAGCAGGAGUGGAUAGGAGGCAACUUGGAAACAUCGAUGGGUUCGAUCUCUGGCAUGCCCUGGUGUCGGACAAGAUCAGCUCCAGAUCCGAAAUAGUGAUCAACAUCGACGACCUCAGUAAUUACGCUGCUAUCAGACGGGGCGAUUUUAAGUACGUUAUCGGUCAGACAGAAACUGGUAGCGCCUGGGUUGGCGCAAGUGGAGACCCUUUAGAGGGCAUUUCUCCCACAUACGAUCCUUACAAAGUGUUGUACAGUAAAACGGGCGUCGCUAUUUCCGGCAUUAUUACCGCCAGACAAGCAAUGGAAUUGAACGAACGGAGAAAGAGAAACGUAAGAAAUAUAGACGACACUGUUUCGAAGACGAACUUCCAAGAGAAAAUACUGAGCACAAAAAAGAUCUUGGAGUUGCGAAAAAAAGCGCAGAUAGAAUGUAACGUUAGAGCGGAGGACAGGGUACCAUGUGAUCCCAUGAGAGCACCCUGUCUCUUCAACAUAGAGAAAGAUCCCUGUGAAAUGGUGAAUCUUGCCGACAGAAGACCAGUGAUUGUGGCCAUUUUAGAAAGAGUUCUGAUGAAGUACAGAGUCACCGCGAUACCCCCUAGUAAUCUCGAUGGAGAUCCAAGAGCAGAUCCAUCGCUUUGGAACAAUACAUGGACUAGUUGGAAUGAACCUAAUCCAUUAGCGCUUGCUUAUACGAAUGCUGAUGAAUUUCAACCGUAUUCUGAUCCGGCAGUCGCGGUGAUGUCUAUCAUUUUCGGUCUUUUCGUUGUGGGGACAAUAACGCUGCUCGCUUUGAAGUGCAGAAAAUCUAGUUUGCGUGACUUAGAGAACUCUGAAAAUCAAAAUGGUCGCGAAGAGGUUACUUACGCCACGAACGGCAACGAAGAAUCAUUUCCUAUGUCUAGAGUUAUACAAAACAUAAGACAAAAUGUUUAAUUACAGGAAUAGUCGCUGCAGUUGGCACUUGGCAGGAA